GAGGAUAAUAAUUGAAAUCAACAUAGGUUCCAAUAUCCCCUCACUUGAAUUCCUCUUAGUCUCAUUUGUUUCCCUGGAUUUACACUUAUAAUUACAAGUUGCAACAUGAAGUAAAAAAUCUAUAAAUCACAUCAAAGGCUAGUGAGAAAAUCAUAGAACCAAAAAAUGGCAAUAAUUAAAGCUUCUUACACCAUCACUCCAAAUGAAUCAACCCCAAAUGGUAGUUUAUGGCUCUCUGAUUUAGAUCAAAUUUUUCGUCCAUUCCACACAACACUUAUUUACAUUUACAAACCCAAAAAAGAAAACCAAAAAAACUUAACACAAACAUUGAAAAACUCUCUUAGCAAAAUUCUAGUUCCUUAUUAUCCUAUAGCUGGUCGUUAUUCUUACACAAAACUUGGUCGAUUAGAAUUGAAUCUCAAUGCAAAAGGAGCCAUUUUACUUGAAGCUGAAACCACACAAACAAUUCAUGAUUUUGGUGAUUUUUCAUCUUUUGACUCCAUCAAAGAGCUUAUUCCAAAAAUCGAUUUUAACCAACCCAUUGAAGAGAUUCCCUUGUUUGUUGUUCAACUCACAAGAUUCCAAAACAAAGAUGAAAACUUUGUUGCAAUUGGAAUUGCUUACUCACAUUCUUUAUCUGAUGGUCUUGGUUGUUGGAACUUCAUCAAUUCAUGGGCCAAAAUAGCAAGGGGAGAAACACUAGAGGCUAAUGAGUUACCUUUUUUAGAUAGAACAAUUCUCAAAUUUUCACACACCCCUUUGAAACCAUGUUUUGAACACAGAGAGUUGAAGCCACUACCAUUCAUUCUUGGAAGAUCUGAUGACAAUAUUGAAAGAAAGAAGAAAACAAGAGUUGAAUUGUUGAAACUCACAAGAGAUGAAGUUGAAAAGUUGAAGAAAAAGGCUAAUGAAUGUGAAAUUUCAAAAGGGUCGAUAUCGAUAUCGAAAUCGAGACCUUAUAGUAGAUUUGAAGCAAUUAGUGCACAUAUAUGGAGAAGUGCUUCAAAGGCUCGCGAGCUUAAUGCGAAUCAAUUGAGUGUUGUUCGGUUCAACGUUCAAAUCCGAAACAGAAUAGUUCCAAAUCUUCCUAAGAAUUAUUAUGGGAAUGCUUUGAUUCAAACAGAAGCAAGAGGGUAUAUUGGAGAAAUCACAUCAAAGCCAUUGAGUUAUGCUGCAAAGAAGAUAAGGGAAGGAAAUGAGUUGAUAAAAAAUGAGUAUAUAAGGUCACAAAUUGAUGUUAUUAGAGGUUUUGAAAAUUUGGAUGAUGCAAGACGUUUGUUUAUAGGUGGAGAUGGUAAAACUCCUACAUUUGUUGGGUAUCCUAAUUUGCAUAUAACAAGUUGGAUGGGUUUUGCUACAAAUGAAGCAGAUUUUGGGUGGGGAAAGCCUAUUUACUUUAGUAUGGGGCAUGUGACUUCAUAUGAUAGGGCAAUAAUUAUUAAGAGUCCUGAUGAUGAUGCUUCUGUUACUGUGUGCAUGCAUUUUCAGGUUGAAUUGAUGCAACUUUUCAAGAAGUUCUUCUAUGAGGACUUGUAUGAAUUGAUCACAUCAGCAAAAUUGUGAUAAUCAGGAUUUGUGUGAAAGCUUGGAAUUUGAUUAUAAUGUAGUUUACUUUGUUCCAAUAAUGUGCAAUAGUGUAGAAAAUAAAAAGAUUCAUGUUGUUUCGUUUUUCUUUCACUAUAUAUUUUGCUAGGAACUUGGAUUUUAUUAUAGUGGUGGAAGGAAACUUAAUUAUCCUGUUAGUUUUGUUGAUUAAUUCUGUUUUCUGAUUUGGUGGGGGUAUUAUUGUUCAAUUGUUUGAUGUAUU